GUACAGCUUGCAAACACGUCCUACAACACAGUCGUCAAGCGAAAUAGUGAGUAUACAUGUCCACCGUGGUUCAUCUUCACCAGUGCAUAUAUGUUUGAUGUUGUAUUUGACAUCGGUAUUACUGCAUUCUGGGAUCAUUGGAAAAUCCCACAGAAGCAGUGGAAAAAUAUUUGUGACAAAUAUGUGCAAUGA